AUGAAGAAAAAACAAAGCUACAUUGCACCAACUUCAAAAGCUGAAUCAACGGUGCUUGGUCAUCAAGUUUCGGACGAAGAUGUAAGAAGAUAUAGAGAAAUUUUUCAACUUGUCGAUAGAGAUGGAGGUGGAUCAAUCGAACAGGAAGAAUUAGGUACAUUAAUGAGAACAUUGGGAUUGAAGCCUUCGGAGGAAGAAAUUCAGGAAAUGAUGAAGGAAGCUGAUGCUGAUAAUUCAGGAGCUAUUGAUUUUGAGGAAUUUGUUGCUGUCAUGUCGAGAAGUGUUCAAUCACAAUACACAGUUGAUCAAUAUAUUAAUGCAUUUAAAACUUUUGAAACCGAGGAUUGCCCUUAUGGUGUAGUAAGAACCAAAACUUUGGAACAUGCUCUGACAACUUAUGGAGACAACCCAAUCACUCUACAGGAAGCAACCGAAUUGCUUGCUAAUGUUGACCCAGAAAAUACAGGAAAAAUCAAUUACAUUAACUACAUCAAUAUGUUGGCAGUUCAAAAUGGAGGAAAUGUAGCCAAUAAUAACCAAUAA